AUGGGUCGAAAGAAAAAGAAACAAACUAAACCUUGGUGUUGGUAUUGUAAUCGUGAAUUUGAUGACGAAAAAAUUCUUUUACAACAUCAAAAAGCAAAACAUUUCAAAUGUCAUUUAUGUCAUAAGAAAUUAUAUACUGGACCCGGUUUACAAAUUCAUUCAAUACAAGUACAUAAAGAAAAUAUUGAUAAAGUACCAAAUGCACUUAAAGGACGAGAUAAUAUUGAAAUUGAAAUUUAUGGUAUGGAAGGAAUACCAGAAGAAGAUCUUCGUGCACAUGAAAAACGACUUGCUGGUAAAGAUAAAGAUGACUCAGAUAUUCCUGAUACUGUUAAAGUACCACAACCACCACCAAUGGGUAUGCCACCUAUGCCACCCAUGGGUAUGAUGCCUAAUGCACCAAUGAUGCCAAUGGGUUUUCCUGGUAUGCCAUUUGGUAUUUCUUCUAUGCCACUUCCUAUGAUGCCUGUACCAAUGAUGCAACAAUUACGACCACCAAUGCCUAUGGUUCCUACGGCACCGGGUAAUUCACCAAAUAAUCUUCUUCCUCCAGUUCCUUCUAAGCCACUAUUUCCAAGUGGAGCUACAGAUAAUAAUAAUGAUGGUCAUUCAUCGUCUAAUCUCACAACAAUGGCAUCAGCUGCAGCAGCAAUAUCCAAUUUAUCAGCUACGAAUCUUGGAUCAUUGCCCGGAAAUCGAGCAAAAAUAGAACCUGUUGCUGGUACUGCAAAAAUUAUACAUCCAGAUGAUGACAUAUCAUUAGAAGAAUUUCGUGCUUGUUUGCCGAAAUACAAACAAAUGAUGAUGCCACAACAAAUGCAAAUGCCUCCAAUGCCUGUUGGUCUUUCUAUGGCAAAUUUUGUAAGACCCCCAAUGGGUGGUAUGCCAUUUUUAGCUCCACCACCAGGCUUUGCACCUAUGGGAUUUAAUGGUCCACGUUACUGA